UUAUAAAAUUAAUUUUAUAAUAAUAUAUUAUAAAGAGGAAUAAGGAAGGAAAAGAAGAAGAAUAAGGAAAAUUGGUGAAUGACGGGAAUGGGGAUGACAAAAUUUCAACUGUUUGAAGAAGACGGUGUUGUUAAUGAUUGCUUACGGAGAAUAUUAAUUACAAGUAGGAUAUAAGUAACGCCAAUGAAGAAAAUUAUGUAACGACGAAAUAUUUGUUCGCGUAUGAAGAACACGAAGGAAGGGACUAAGUAACAAUAAACAUUCUUCAUUGUUUCCAUAGAUAAUACAAAUUCAUUUGAUAAUAUUUUAAGAGAUAAAACAAGAUUAAGAAGAAAAGUUUAGUUGAAAGGAUGACUGGACGUUCGCGAUCUUUGAUAUUUCUUCUAUUCCUCGUCUUCGUUGUCAUCUUGUCGAUCAUUUGUACAGGAUUAUGCCAAAGUUGUCAAGACACAGCAUGGGAAAAAGUUGAUGGAGCUAGACCUGAAUAUACAAUUUCUAAAGUUGCCCUAUUCAGUGGUGAAAAUGCCCAUGGCAUUGUUAUACCUUGUUUUGAAAGGUGUAAAAGAAUCAAUUGCACUGCCUUCGUGAUAGAUAUCGAUAAAAGUCUCUGUUACAGUGUCGAAGUUCAAGGCGACGAAUUUGUUCCAGAGUCCAAUUCUAUAUAUUAUCAAGAAAUUUGUAUUAAAGUACCUAAAAUUUGUAAAGACAAAAAACUGUGGCAAUUGGAAAGAACAUUGGGCGCCGUUUUACUCGAUGUCGCUUCCGUUUGGUUACCACAAGUUAUGCGAAGAAGCCGAUGUUACAAGAUGUGUAUCGAUGCAGGUGGUGCAUGUAAAUCAGCUCAAUUUCGUGCAACAAAAGCAUUAUCGAUUAAUAAUACACUUGGAAGAUGUGCCCUAUCAAUGGCUGAAAGAAGUAUCAGACCACAGACUUACAGGGCUUCCAUGUACAGAGACGAAUAUUUGCAACAUCAGUGUCAUGAUAUAUUAAAAAUGGAUUAUUGUUCCUACGCUGAAUUCCCGAACGUAACUCUGCCAUAUUCCGAUCUUGAAUUACCUGGUGUUGAUAAACAAGAGUGCGAAAGCAGAUGCGAUCUCGGCGAGGAUGGUUUCAUCUGUAGAAGUUAUACAGUAGUAUACACGUCAAAUCAAAAACCAAUUUGCCGAUUACACUCAGAAGAUACACUGAGUCUUGGUACUAGUUCACUUGAAAGCACACCUAACAGUAUUUACAAGGAACGCGAACCUUGUUUAGACGUUAAAGUCAAAUGCAGCGACACGAUGUUAACAGUAACUUUGACUACGUUGGAACCCUUCGAUGGUAGACUUUACGCCAAUGGUUAUGGAAAUGAUUGUGGUAUUCAAGGGACUGGCCGAAACGUAACAAUAUUAACACUGCCUUUACCAAAAACCGAGGAAUUAGAUAUGUCCAAAAUUCCAUGCGGUUUUACGCCAGCAUUUUCAAUAGACAAUGAAAAUCGAACAAGGACGAUGAUAUGGGCUACUAUAGUCGUACAGUUCAAUCCUAUUAUUCAAAGACUGGGCGAUCAAGCUGUUAAAGUUGGAUGUACUAUAGGUGAACAUGAUAUUCCAAAGCCUAGAAACAUAUCGGUGCAAUCGAGUUUAAGUUUUGCUGAUCCCAACGCAGGAGUACCACCAAUUUCAACAAUUGUAAUGAACGCAUCAUCGGAGGUUCCAGUGAUAACAAUGAGAAUUUUAAACGAGGAUCAUCAGGAUGCUGUUGUUACGAAACUGGGAGAAAGGCUGACUCUUAGAAUUGAAAUAAAUCCAGCUGAUGGUCCAUAUGAUAUCAUGGCUGGACAUCUAGUAGCUAGUAGUGCAACAGGACAUUGGUCUUAUCUUCUACUUAAUGAAGUUGGGUGUCCUACGGAUCCAACAACAUUUCCAGCCUUAUCCAAAGAUCCUAUUGAUAAUCGAUCACUUAUUGCAACUUUUACUGCUUUCAAAUUUCCCGAAAGUCAGUUGGUUCGAUUCAACGUUAUCGUUAAAUUUUGUCUGGACAUAUGCGAGCCGGCACAUUGCGUAGGAAAUCGUGUCUCUUACGGAAGAAGGAAACGAAAAUCAACAAUUGCCACUUCUACAUCGGAGCCUUAUAUAACUGCUGAGGUAACUGAAAUUUUCAGGAACAAAACACCAGAUGAACUGCCAUUACAACUGUCUAUCAUAGUUCAGAGUCCUGUGAUAUUUGCGGAUCCUCUACUGUCCAGGGAAAAUACCACUCCCGAUACGAUUCUAAUAGCUGGUGGACACUCCAUCGAUGGACUACUCUGCGUAGAUGCUAGUUUAGUGUUAGGCUUACUCAUCUUUUGGCUGAUCAUUCAAAUCAUUUUGAUAGCAUCUUGCCUAUUGGCUAUUGGACGAUACAGAAGAAUGGCAAUAAGAGCGGAAGAAGACAGAGCUGAUAUAUUGGCCAGACAUCUUUAUGGUAUUCAUGGGGGAAACUUUGAAAUAUCUCGAAGGGUCAGGUGGGCUGAUACAAAUAAUUCUUCGAUCGGUUGAUUCGUUACCAUCGGCUGAGGGAAUCACUUUAAAUCGACAUAUCACUCUUUUUCUUGGUUUUUUUUUCUCCUUUUUUUUUCCUUUUUAUAUUAAUAAUAUUGAAAAUAAUAAUAAUAA